AUGGUCGUGCGCGUCAACUACGACGGUCCCUGGCCGCCGGAGCAGCCGGCCGAGGGCCUCCACGGCGACCGCUACGAGGUGCGCGGCGUCGUCACCAAGGUCGUCGCGAGCGCCCAGCUCCUGCACGCCUCGCGCGCCUCCGGCUGCCUCAAGCACAACGCCGGCGCGGCCAACGUGCGCACGGUCGCCGCGAUCUCCGUCGCCGUCGACGCCGCGGCCGCGUCGGCGGAGGAGGCCGAGGCCGUCGAGGCUCUGCGGAAGGCGUGCGCGGACCGCACGGACCGCGCGGAAUGCGCGUUGUACGUGCCGGCGACGCGGCUCGCGGCGCUCAAGGCCGGGAACGCGGACUCCGCGGCCGAGGCCGUGGCCGUCGGCGACGUCGUCGCCGCGACCCUGUUCGCCUCGACCGCGCCCUUCGCGGCCGCGCUCGACGUCGUCUCGCGCGCGAAGCGCGGCGCGGCGAAGUCGGCGCACGCGACGACGAGCAUGUACAACAACGCGGCCGUCGACGUCGAACCGGGUUCCGCGCGCUCCGUUUUGGAAAAUCCGCUCCUCGAAGACAAAAUCGGGGCCGGAAAAAAAUGCCGUUCCAUGUUUCCUACAUAUAAAACUAAACAUUCGAGCACCUCCAGACCAAAUUCCACAACAAUACAACGCGCGUUCUUCGCGCUCGUAGUCUCGGGAAAUGCGACGAGCGUUUCUACGGUACCGCAUUUACGUACCCCGAAAUCGACGAAUGCGGACCUCCCGACCGUCGCGUUAUGCUCCCGAAGCAUAUGA